UCUCCGCGCCACCCGGGAAGGUGGCUCCCAGCCAUGGCUGCGGCGAACCCCGGGGACCCGGCGUCCGCGCCAAACGCUGCCGGGCUGCUCCUGGGCCAUUUCGUGGCCUCGGGGUUGGUCACUCAGGACAUGUUAAAUAUAUCUAAGAAAUCAACUUCUUGCUUUGUGAACUUCUCCAGGCUACAGCAGAUCACAGAUAUUCAAGCUGAAAUCUACCAGAAGAACCUGGAAAUUGAACUCCUGAGACUAGAAAAAGAUGCAGCAGAUGUUGUCCAUCCUUCCUUUUUGGCUCAGAAGUGUCAUACUCUGCAGAGCAUGAAUAAUCAUUUGGAAGCGGUGCUAAAAGAAAAGCGGUCCCUCAGGCAAAGACUGUUGAAGCCCAUGUGCCAAGAAAAUUUGCCUCUUGAAGCUGUUUAUCACAGAUACAUGGUGCAUUUGCUGGAAUUGGCUGUAACUUUCAUUGAGAGAUUAGAAGAUCAUCUUGAAACAAUUAGAAAUAUCCCUCAUGUAGAGGCAAAUCUAAAGAAAAUGAGCACGGCUUUAGCAAAGAUGGAUAUUUUGGUGACUGAGACAGAAGAACUGGCAGAGAAUAUACUCAAGUGGCGAGAACAACAAAAGGAAGUUUCCUCUUGUAUCCCCAAGAUAUUAGCUGAAGAAAAUUUUCUUCAUAAACAUGAUGUUAUAGUGCCUCCUUUACCUUUUACUUCUAAAAUUAAUGUUCAAACUAUUAACGCCAAGUAAUUAUCAACUGUUUUUGCUUAUAUGUAGUCAUGUGAAGUCCAUUUCUAGUCAAUUAUAACACGAGUAUUUAUAAACUUUGCUGCUAGCAGUACUGAAAGAGCCCUCUUUAUAUUGAAAUGCCAAGAUUCCAAGUUAAGAUGAAACUGAAUUUUCCUUUGUUUUUCAUGUAUUUUCAUUCCACUUUUCAGUAAAACUCAAAUAUAACUAUGACAAUUUUUUAACAUGAGUGCAUUAACCAUAUCUUAGGCAGCAGACUUUAUCAUGUUGUUUUUUAAAAAAUGCUUGUUUCUGAGUUAGAAGAGUUUUGAAUCUGAAAGUAUGUUGAUUAUUCCUAUGGGAUUGUCACUAAUUGUGCAGAAAGAGUAAAAUUGCAGACCUGACUGCUAUCCUUUGAAAGGCCUGCUUAUAAGCUUAGUCCUUGGCUGGCAUCUGGGAACUUAGAUUUCAAGAGGGUUCCCUCCACUCUCACUGAUAAGAGUUGCUCACUGUGACUAAGGUAUUUGUACAGUGUGGUUUGUGCUGAACACCUGCUUUCUCCCUGGGUGUCUGGAAUUUUGGUGUAUGCUAGGCAGAAGCCACCUAUGUGGCUGGUCCACAAGAAUACCCGUGGCACUGCAUCUUUAAUGAGUUUUUGUGGUAGACAACAUUUCACACAUGUCACAGCUCAGUUGCUGGGGGAAUUAAGUACAUCCUGUAUGACUCCACUGGCAGAAGACUCUGGAAGAUUGUGCCUGCUUUUCCCCAGACUUUGCCCCGAACACAUUUCCCUUUGCUCUUCUGCCUUUAUGCUUUAGCUGUAGUAAAUCAUAGCCAUGAGUACAGUAUAUGCUGAGUCCUGUGAAUCCUCCCAGGGCGGAGAGGGAGGAGGGUCUUGAUGACCCAACACACAAAGCAAUUCUAGAGGAUAUUCACUGGCAGCCUUAGAAGUAGGCAAAGAAGAAAAAUAGAGCAAAGCAAAGAAAAAGGCACAUUAUGGUAAAACUUUUAGAGGUUUUACCUUGCAAAUAGCUCAGAUAUUUUACCUGAGAUUAAUAUGCAUAUAAAAGUGAGUGGGGGCUUCCUAGGUGGCGCAGUGGUUGAGAAUCCGCCUGCCAAUGCAGGGGACACGGGUUCGAGCCCUGCUCCAGGAAGAUCCCACAUGCCGUGGAGCAACUAAGUCCGUGCGCCACAACUACUGAGCCUGUGCUUUAGAGCCCAUGAGCCACAACUGUUGAGCCCAUGUGCUGCAACUACUGAAGCGCACGUGCCUAGAGCCCAUGCUCUGCAACAAGAGAAGCCACAGCAAUGAAGAGCCAGCGCACCACAACAAAGAGUAGCCCCCACUCACCGCAACUAAAAAGAAAGCCCGCGCACAGCAAAAAUAGACCCAACACAGCCAAAUAAAUAAAUAAAUAAAUAAGUUUAUUUUAAAAAAUGAGUGGUAUACUAACACGAAGUCUCAGGAUAUUUUCAUUUCUCUCAGUAGUACAACUGCUCUUGGCUUAUUUUCAGACUUGGGGAUCUCUUGCUUUUUUAAUUUUUAUUUUACUUUUAUUUUAUUGCAUUUUUUAGUUUUUGGCUGCAUCGAGUGUUAAUUGUGGCACGGGGAUCUUUGUUCCAGCACCUGGGCUCUUCAUUGCUGCAUGCAGGCUUCUCUCUAGUUACAGUGCAGGGGCUUUUCUCUAAUUGUGAGGUGCGGAUUUUCUCUCUAGUUGUGGUGAGGCUCCAGAGCGCAUGGGCUCUGUAGUUUGUGGCACACAGGCUCUCUAGUUUAGGCACUGGGGCUCAGUAGUUGUGGCAGGUGGGCUCAGUUGCAUGUGGGAUCUUAGUUUCCCUGACCAGGGAUCGAACCGGAGUCCCCUGCAUUGGAAGGCAGAUUCUUUACCACUGGACCACCAGGGUGGUCUUUUGCUUUAAAUGUAUGCUUCAAUAUUUUUAUGCUGGACUUCCUAGGUGGCGCAGUGGUAAAGAAUCCGCCUGCCAAUGCAGGGGACACGGGUUCGAGCCCUGCCCUGGGAAGAUUCCACAUGCCAUGGAGCAGCUAAGCCCGUGUGCCACAACUGUUGAGCCUGUGCUCUAGAGCCUGAGCCACAACUACUGAGGCCAUGUGCCGCAACUGUUGAAGCCCAUGCGCCUAGGGCCCGUGCUCCACAACAAGAGAAGCCACUACAAUGAGGAGCCUGCGUACCACAAUGAAGAGUAGCCCCCGCUCGCAGCAACUAGAGAAAGCCCAUGUGCAGCAAUGAAGACCCAGCACAGCCAAUAAAUAAAAUAAAUUAAUUAAAAAAAUAUAUAUUUUUAUACUGUUGCAUUCUCUAUCACCAGAGUUCACGCAUCCUUGUAUUUGUCACACAUAAAAACAAGAAGAACUCAACAUAGUGGAUGAGUUAAGUAGUAGUUCAUAAGGAAACAGGAUCAUUAACCAAAACUAUCCUGCUAAAACAACAUCUUGAAGCCUAUUUUGCUGACCUUAGCAAAUGAAUAUAUAGAAGAAGAGUGGUCAUAAUUUCUUGAACAUUGCCCAACAUUGCCUAGACACGUUAAGCAAAACUUUUAGUUGUAUUUCAUUAGAAAUCUGUUCAAGCCCAGCCUUGGUUUCAAACAUCUUACUAAGCUUUUUCUUCAUGUGAUUUCAUACAUAUAUAAAUGAGUAUAUAUAUGUAUAUAUUUUACAUCACAUAUGUCACAAUUAUUAACAUACCCAGUUGUUUUGGGUUUUAUUUUUGCUUUUUUUAUUUUUGCUUUUUUGACUUUUAUGUCUUUUUCAAAAUAAAAAAAAUAAACCUAUGAUUUUUAACUAAACUUUUGUGGCCCUUGUCUGAAUCCUAUGUGAUUGGAAGGACAGAUUCUUUUAUUUAGCAUACACAAUUAAAAUGUAAGCAUACAGGUUAUCUGAUUGACAAAAGCUUGAGGUAAGUUGAGACUGAGGUCUACUACAAAGAGAAAAGCUAAUUUAGUCUGUGCUGGAGUCAAUAAUUGUGGAUCAGUUUUUUUUCCCCCAGCUUCUAGAUAUGUGGAUACUAAAAACAAACAAAAAAUAGCUCUGAACGUCUUUCUACUUAACACCAGAAGGUGGUGAGAUUUGUGAAUUCACUUCCAACAUGAGAAUGAUGCCACUUUAUGAAGACUAUUCUGAAGGAAUUGAGAUGUUGCCUGGUUUUUCCAGCAUUUUUCUUAUUUUUCUCCUUGCUGACUCUGCCAGCCUAACCUCUGUUUUCCUCUCAAACCUUCCAUAAAGUUAGGAAAAUAGUCUGAGGAAUAGGAAAACCCAGAGGGUUUCUUGACAUGUAAAAUAUAGAGUUGAGAUAUUAAUAAAACUAAUCAAUAUAUUGUGAAAUUUCCUGAGAUGUCUGUAAAACAAAUGAAUUUAUAUGAGAUUUAUUCUAC